UUUUUCUCAACAGAACUACAACUACCAGCAGCGAUUUUAGUAUUACGUAAUAUACAUGCGACAGUAUGUUUUUUCCCCUUCUAAUUCUAAACAUCCGGCGGUUUGCUGUUCGGUUGAUAUCUAGCCAAGUGAUAAGCGACAGAUUAAGGACUGUUGUAUGGUGAUGGAGGAGGAACAACCUCAAGAGGACUGCGCCCAACCCCAGCCCUCCGCAUCCUGCUCCAAGAAGGCAGACAAGCCCCUCUACCAGCCCAAGAAGAAGCAAGACGGCCCCAAAGAUAAGGCUCAAACCCAGGGAGAUGGCAAACCAAAGCCCAGGCCUCGCUACACGGACAAGGCCCGAAAGAAUGCCAAGAACAAGAAGGACAAAGGAGGGAAGACGGGAGGAGAGGGGAAUGGAGUCCUAAACGGUGAGGCCAAACUGGAGGAGACGGUAGAAGAAGGAGGAGGCAGCGACACGGGGCCACAGAAUGACGGACAGGCUGCUACAGCCAACCAGGGAGGAGAUGGAGAUGUGGGUUCGCGACUGGAGACGGGGAGCAAGAGUUCUCCAUCUGAGAGAGAAGGGGGACCCUGGGAGGGGAUAGAGGCAGGCCCUCAGGAAGAGGAGGAGGAGGAGAGCUGGGACGCUCUCUUUGAUGAUGAAGGAGAGUGUUUGGAACCCCAUGUGCUAGAGGAGCUGGCUAUAAAGCAGGGCAGGAAGAAGCGGCCGGUGCAGGAGGCCAGGUUUGACUACUACAGCUUGGAUCAGGACAGAGAGGGGGAUGAUGACACUGAGCUCACGGAGGAUGAGCUGUCUAACAUCAUAGAAAUCUACGACUUCCCCACAGAGUUUAAGACUGAAGACCUGGUCAAAUCCUUCCAGGCCUACCAGCAGAGAGGCUUUGACAUCCAGUUUGUGGACGAUACACACGCCCUGGCUCUCUUCAACAGCCCCAUAGCAGCUCGGGAGGCUCUGAGGACCAAACACCCGCUGUUGAAGGUCAGGUCUCUGGCUAAAGCCUCCGUCACCACCAGGGCCAAGGCUCGCAGCUGCUCAGACUACCUGCUCCCUACUAAGGAGCGUCCCCAGACCAGUGCAGUGUUGGCCCGCAGGCUGGUGAUGGGGGCGCUGGGCGUCAAGAGUCCCCAGAGCAAAGAGCACCGUGAAGCAGAGAGAAAGAAACUGCAAGAUGCCAGAGAGCAGAAGCGUCUGGCAGCUAAACAGAGAGACGACGCCUGGGAAGGGAAAGCCUGACGGAGAGGAACCACUUCCUCCAUCCUCCCUCCACCGUAGGGACUAGACACACCUCUGUCCCCUCUGCCCUCCAUCCUCCCUCCACUGUAGGGACUAGACACACCUCUGUCCCCUCUGCCCUCCAUCCUCCCUCCACUGU